AUGGCGGCGAGAUAUCCACGAAUGUGUAGAUCGGCGCUGGACAAUCUCAGUGGUCCGGAACCCAGGGAUGACGACUGGAUGACGUCGGAGGUUCAACGGCAAAAGGCUACAGCGGCAGUUGUGAUGGCGGAAGCGCUUAGUUGCUGCCAGACUACUUUCCCCAGCGAUCUUUCUAAUAUUGUUUUACGGGUUGGUAACAUGAGCGUCUGGCAUGAGGCCAGCAACUGGACCUCGAAUCAUUGUAGCAUUCUCCUUAUUGCAGAGAAGAACUUCUCUGAAUUCCACCAAUUUGAAAUCUCGUUUUCCAAUCAAAAGAAGUACUUUUAUCCUGCAGUUAUUAAUUGGGAAAUUGGGAAUAAGUCUUGCCUUGAAGCAGAAAAAGGAGGAGAUUAUACAUGUGGCAGCAACAGUGGUUGUGUUAAUUCCGAGAAAGGCAGUGGAUAUAGGUGUCGUUGCAAUCCAGGCUACAGCGGGAAUCCCUACCUUCCAGAUGGCUGCAUAGAUGUUGAUGAGUGCAUGGAGUCAAACAAUACUCUUUGCCAAAAAGGAGCUGUUUGCACUAACACUAAUGGUAGCUACUAUUGCGACUGCCCACCUGGUUACUAUAGAGAUGAUGACAAACCUGAAUAUGAGUGUGUACGCAACAAAGGAAAACUCAAUCCAGCUCUUCUUGUUUCUUCAGGAAUAGUAGUCACUCUUGUUCUUCUCAUCCUACUUGCUAUUGGCUUUUGGUUGAAUCAAAAGCUUGAGAAGAGAAAGAAAAGCAAACUCAAGCAGAUGUCCUUCAAGAAGAAUGGUGGUCUUCUACUGCAACAGCAAAUCUCUUCAAGUAGUAUAGGAAGUAGCGUUGAGAAAACAAAACUCUAUACCAUAGAAGAGUUGGAGAAGGCAACAGACAAUUUCAAUGCAGGUAGAGUUCUUGGAAAGGGAGGUCGUGGUAAAGUAUACAAAGGGAUGCUAUUAGAUGGAAGCAUAGUGGCCAUUAAGAAAUCAAUUUUAAUUGAUGAAAGGCAAGUUGUUGAGUUUAUCAACGAAGUUUUCAUUCUUUCACAGAUUAACCAUAGGCACAUAGUGAAACUGUUAGGUUGCUGUUUGGAGAGUGAAGUUCCUUUACUGGUUUAUGAAUACGUCUCCAAUGAUACUCUCUCCCACCAUCUCCAUAAUGAGGACCAUGCAUCAACUUUGUCUUGGGAAGAGCGAUUGCGAAUUGCAGAUGAAAUUGCAGGAGCCCUAGCAUAUUUACAUUCAUAUGCUUCUACAGCUAUCCUUCAUAGGGAUAUCAAGUCUAGGAACAUACUGCUGGAUGAGAACUUCAGGGCUGUGGUUUCUGAUUUUGGACUUUCAAGGUCAAUUGCCCAUGAAAAAACACACUUGAGCACAGCAGUGCAGGGCACAUUUGGUUACUUGGAUCCAGAGUAUUUUCGGUCAGGUCAGUUUACAGACAAAAGUGAUGUAUACGGGUUUGGGAUGAUUCUUGCUGAACUUCUCACGGGUGAAAAAGUGAUUUGUUCUAGUAGAUCUGAAGAAAGUCUAGCAAUUCAUUUUAGACUGUCAAUGAAACAAAAUUGCCUGUUUGAAAUUCUAGACAAGGUGAUAGUGAACGAAGGUCAGAAAAAGGAGAUUCUUGCUGUUGCUAAAAUUGCUAAGAGAUGCCUGAAGUUGAGUGGGAAGAAAAAGCCAGCCAUGAAAGAAAUAGCAGCAGAUCUCCACCAAUUGAGGAGGACUAUGAAGCAGCCAUCACUUCAGCAGACCUGCCAGGACAACUGCCCUGUAAGUGGAAGGUACUUCUUUUCUUCCGCAUCCACAAGUGCAGUUACAGAAGAGUAUGCACUUCAAGGCUAGGAGUUUCCUAGACCAUAUUCCAUGACUG